UGUAGCCCUGACCGUGACGGAGCGGCGGUGAUUGCGAACGUGCAGCGGGCGGAGAGCGAACUACCGGCGGCCGGGAGGAAGCGGGGGUGGUGGGGCCGACAGCGGGGCAGAGGCCCGGGUACGGGAUGAGGUGGAGGCCCGGGAAGGCCGCUUCGUUGCUUGGGGUUGCGCUAUGCACCCGGCCUUGGCGGUGUGUUUGGUGUUCUGCGGCUGCUGCAGCAACGUGGUGUUCCUGGAGCUGCUGGUCAGGCAGUUUCCAGGAUGUGGGAACAUAGUGACAUUCUCCCAGUUCCUAUUUAUUGCAGUGGAAGGCUUUAUCUUCGAAGCCAACUUCGGGAGGAAGCGGCCAGCCAUACCAAUGAGGUAUUACCUCAUCAUGGUGGCCAUGUUCUUCACUGUCAGCGUGGUGAAUAACUAUGCUUUGAACUUAAAUAUUGCCAUGCCACUGCACAUGAUCUUCAGAUCAGGCUCUCUCAUAGCAAGCAUGGCUCUAGGUAUCAUCAUUUUGAAAAAAAGAUACAGUUUGUCAAAGUACAUGUCCAUAGCCCUGGUUUCCAUGGGGAUCUUUACCUGCACUUUCAUGUCUGCAAAGCAAGUGGCAUCUGACUCCAGCUUGAAUGAAGAGGAUGGACUCCAUGUUUUCUUGUGGUGGCUGCUAGGUAUUGCUGCACUCACCUUCGCCCUCCUCAUGUCUGCAAGAAUGGGGAUUUUCCAGGAGACGCUGUACAAGCAGUUUGGGAAGCACUCCAAAGAGGCCCUUUUUUACAAUCAUGCGUUACCACUCCCUGGCUUUGUCCUCCUGGCUCCAAACAUCUACCACCAUGCAGUUCUCUUCAGCCAAUCUGAGCCAUUCCAGAUCCCAGUGAUUGGGCUGACCAUGCCAAUCAUGUGGUUCUACCUCCUCAUGAACGUCAUCACUCAAUAUGUCUGCAUUCGGGGCGUCUUCAUCCUCACCACGGAGUGCACCUCCCUCACUGUCACACUGGUGGUGACGCUGCGCAAGUUUGUCAGCCUCAUCUUUUCCAUCCUCUAUUUCCGCAACCCCUUCACAGCCUGGCACUGGCUGGGCACUGCCUUUGUUUUCGUGGGGACUCUCAUGUACACAGAGGUGUGGAACAGCCUCGGGCCCCUCCUGGCCCGCUGGAGGAAGAGGCCGAAGGAGGAAUAGCAGCUGGUUACUCUCUGCAUGGACCUUUUUAUUGUUUUAUAGAGCAGAGCAGCAGGAAAUCCCCCUAAAAGGGGUCCUUUUUAUAACACAGGGGAGGUGUUGGCUGUGCCAAGCUCCUGGGAAACAUGGAGCCUAUGGUGGGAACCUGCCUGGAAUAAUGGUUUGUGGUGGGAGGAUAUGGUUACUUUUGAGUGGUGCAUUUUGUUAUGCAACCCCUUUUGCUUCCUCCCCCCCCACCCCCCCCCCAGCCCCUUUUUUUUUUCUCAUUCACAUUUAAAUAACCCUUUUAAAGUAAUUUUAAAAGCUGACCCAGUUCUUGAUUAGGAUCCCAACCUUUCUUCAGUCCUCCCAGCUUUGUUGAGCUGAACCCUGAGCCUGUUUGGUGCCGUCCUUUAACAGCCAGGUUACUGUAGUGGAUGGCUGAGCCCCAGGGAACCACCAGACACUGCUGUUCAUGGAGCAGGUUUUUAGUAACACUGGAAAUGCCAGGCCUGGCUCUUAACAGAGUCCUUGUUGCCUGAUCCUACCGCUUUUGCUGGGAGGACAUUUGGUUACAACCCAUAGCUUCUACUUUCUGCAGAUUCUCUGCCAGGAAGUGGCUUUGAGGUCUUAACCUCUAAGCCACCAAGCUCCUGUCACUAAUAUCAUGAUGUUGUGCUGAUACCUGAUGAGGUGGAGGGUGUCAGGGGUUCCUGCUUCUGGUAGUCCUUAAUGUAGGUCACUUUUCAGCCACAUCUUCCUCCUUUUUCCAUCAUCCUAAAUAUGGCCACAGGGGAAUUUGUUACCUACAGUCAGCUGCAGUGAGUUGUGCUGAACCACUGGUGCUCCUGGGACACCCCAGUGUAGAAUCAUGGAACAGUUUGGCUCGGGAGGGACUUUUUAUGAACCCUCCCACUAGAAAAGGGGGCCUAAAGCCCCAUCCAGCCUGGUCUUGAGCACUUUGAGGGAUGGGGCCUCCAUGGCUUCUCUGGGCAGUCUGUUCCAGUGUCUCUCUACCCUCAGAGUGAAGAAUUUGUUUCUAACACCAAAUCUCUUAUUUUAAAACCUUGCCCUAUCACUACACACUUCAGGGUACAACAUUGCCAAGGAAUUUCAGAAGGGCCAGAACAGCUGAGCUUACUUCUGUUGCUGGGAAGGGGCUGGUUUUCCUGCCCUUUUACCCAGCCCUUCCCUUUUCUUUCUGUCUCCCUUGGGGCUCAGCUUCACUCAUGACAUUUCUAAGCAUCCACCUGGUUCAGGACCAGUGUCCCAUACCAUCACCUCUUGCAUGACAUGCAUGUCUUCCAGCAAGGCAAAGAGCAGCACUGUUCUAGGAGCUGUUUGUGGUUGAGGAGAGCAAAGGUUGAUGAGUAGCCUUGUUUUUCUUGGUCUUGGAGCAGCAGGGGAGCACAUGCAUGGAUUUUAUUGUCUUGAAUUUCCUUUAGCACCGUGGUUACUUCAUUGUGAUGCUUCCCCUAUUCAGCCAUGAGAGCAUCCAGUAGUGUCAAGUUGAUCACAUCAAGCUUGGCCAAGGGGGGACGGCAGUGAUCUGAUAUUCAUCCACCAACAUCCUCGUGGCUUUUGGCUUCAAUAUUUACAGCCCCUCCAACAUGGGAGCUGUGCUUGUGAUGCAUUGUUCCUGUCAGCAACAAAGCACUGCACAGCCAUGGGUGUAGGGAGAAGUAGAAAGAGCAAAACCUGCAAUACUUGUGAGCAUUGCUAAUAAGCAAAGAAAAGAAGAAGAACAUGAUGCAAAUGAGAAAGCAUUGACCCUGUGCUGCUCAGCGAUAGGUUAAACAUUGGUGUACUGUUAGCAUUAACCCCAUCCCAGCCAGAACCAGAUGAAGGUUUUGUCCUUCUGGUUUGAUUUCUCCUGAGCCUGAAGAAAACCUUUCGUAUUAUCAGAACUGGGAUAUUUCCAAGGAUUUUCUGAACGUGGAAACUGUUCCCCAGCAGCUUCCCUGUAUGUCCUGCAGCUCAGCUCUUGCUCCUGGCUGUGGUUUUUGCAGCCUGGGUUGAGGAGUUAGCAAAACAACAGCUGAGCAGGUGCCUGAGUGCCUGUAACAUAGUGUACAUAGCCUACUCCCCAGGUUGUUGCCCUUUGUAUCAACAAAAUUGCAUGUUGUCACCCAUUUCUGUGUGAUGAUGGUACAUUUGGAGAUGUCUGGGUUCCUUCUUUUUAAGCUGUAAUUCCCUCAAACCAGGUAUUGAUCAUGGGUUAUAUUUUUAUGUUGUUAUCCCAUAUAUUUUUUUUAACUGUCUGUAGUGUAAUUCUGUGUGUUUCCAGAUAUUUAUUGUUGUAGAAAUGUCAGCGAUUCCUUUCCUGCUGUGGGAGAGCUCCCCUGGUUGUGAGGUGAAGGGAAGGUCCAUGCAAAAGUGCCCCAAUAGCCAAAAAUAGUAUUUGAAUCCUCCUCACCCAGAAUGAUCUGUUUGGGUUUUAUGUUUGCAAUAGAAAUGAUAGAGUGAUAGGACACAUUUAUUAUUUUUUUUUUUUAGCAGAGGCAGGCAAAGUGAUGAGCCAAGAUGCUUUUAGACCAGCGCUUUGGAUCGACAGCUUUUGGGUUGGCUGGUUGGGCUUGGGGGUAUUUUUGAUGUUACUGAGGUUUGGUUUUGUUGAACAAAAUAAAUAUCUCCUGUUC